AUGGAUUUAGGAGAUUCAGGAGUGAUUAAGAUACAGUUGGCUACUCGAUUCAAUGUAAAGGAGGACAUUAUCACGCUCCUGGAAUGCAUCCUCAUCCUUGUGUUUGUAAUUUAAUAAUGUGGAUUUAGCCUAUGCCUCUAUUUGUUAAUCAUUUACCGAAUCUAAAAUGAUCAUUUCAGAAAAUGGAAAUACUAUGCCAUCCCAGACUUCAAGUAUAUCCGACAUCGUAUGAUUUAAAUCUUACUAAAAUAAAAGUCUGUUUUGAGAAUACUUUAACAUACAAAUAUUCAGAGGAUACUGAUUUAACUAUUUCAUGUGAAAUUGUCUCUAACAACUGUUUCAUAGCUUAAAGGUCUGGAGACAUUCUUAAAUGCUAAUAUUGUUCAACUUAUUAUUCGGGUGAAAGUUGCUUGUCACAAGAUAGUAUUGUUUUAUCUUGUGGAAGCAAAUGUGCAAGUUGUGCAUCAAAUUAUUGUGGAACAUGUAAGGAAGGGUUUUCUCCCGCUAGUGGUGUAGAUUUAAAAUGUCGUUUAGGUAAUUAUAUUUUAGAAUUUUAAGCCUGCUUACCAGGACAUGAGACUUGUUCAUAAAUUAAUGGUGUAUACUCAUUUUAAGGGUGUAGAAAAGGUUACGAGCUAAUGCGUAGGUAUAAAUCAUAUAUAGUAUUGAAGCAUGCCCGUUUAAAUGUGCUUAAUGUGUUACUGGUGUAUGCACUGCAUGUGAAUUUCAGUAUUUUUUAAAAGACGGUUAAUGUUUUGGGGAUAUAAAUUGCGUCAGAUUUGAUUAUAAUUAUGAUCCUAAUACUGGAUUACCCAUUGGAAUACUUGUUAAUAAUGUGACUUCGGAUAUUUUUAUAAUCCAAGUCUGUAAAGAGCAGCCUGAUUUGAAAGAUUGUUUGAUUUGUUUUAAUGCGACAGAAUGCAAGAUUUGUCAGAGAACACACGUAAUAACUGCAGAUAAAAAAUGCACACCAUUUCUUUAUUGCUCACCAAACUGUUAAACCUGCCUUUAUACUGAUCCUGAUUGCUGUACUACUUGCUUUUUGAGAACAAAAUUUCAAAGUUCAACAAUUAUGCCUGGAAAAUGUGUCUGUGAUUAUCCAAAUGGUUAUGUUGAUAAGGAUGGUGAAUGUGCAUAUUGUUCAGAUGGACCAUGUUAAACUUGCGGUAAAGAUUAUUAUGAAUGCACAUCUUGUAACACAAUAAAAAAUAGAAUUUUGAUGAACACCCAAUGCAUUUGUAAACAAGGAUAUUAUGAGGCAGGUUUGGAAAAUUAAAUAUGUUAAAGUAUGUUAAAUCUUAAUUAGAAUGCUAUUAUUAUUGUUAUAAUUGUAAAGACCUUAAGAUAAUGAUUGUACGUUUAUCAAUAUGAUGGAAAUACCACUUGCGUUAGUAAUAGUAUUAGUCAAUUAAUUAGCUUGUCAUCCUAUAUGCUAAAAAUGUUAUAAGCCCUCUGAUGCUUCAACAAAUUAAUAUUGUUCUAUGUGCAUCUAAGGCCAACAUAGAGUUUAUCUUACAAUUACAAAUGUAUUUGUUAAGAUGGAUAUGGAAGUGAUGGAAUCUAAGAUAUUUGCGUUAGUACCUAAUUUGAAAGAUAAUAAUAGUGUGUCAUUAUUCAUGUACGAAUUGUAAAGGACCACUUGAAACUGAUUGUAUAUCAUUUUCCUCUUCUGCCCAUCGAUAUUUGACAACUUACAAAACAGGUUCUUGCUACAACAGCUAUUUUGAUACUGGUUUAUAAGAUCAAAAUUGUUAUUGUAAACUCUAUUUUUCUAUAUUAGUUUAGUGUCAUCAUUCUUGUUCUAAUUGCACUACUUAUGGCUAAAAUAAAUGCACUUCAUUUCCUUCAACAAGGUAUGCUUAUGAAGUUAAAACUACCUUUUAAUGUCUUUGCAAAGAUUAUAGUGAUCCGCUCUUCUUAGAAUGUUAGCCAUGCCAUCUAACAUGCAAACCUUGUAAAGGCAGUUUAGAAACUGAUUGUUUAACUUGCGAAACUACUUUUAGAGAAUUGGUUAUUUCAAAAUGUGAUUGUUAUCCUGGAUUUUACAACACAGGCAGCCUUUAGUGUUCAUGUGAUUUAUUAAUGCUUACUAUUAGCGUGUCAUUAUACCUGUCGAUCAUGCUUUUCUUAGGAUGAAGAUAGUUGUAUCACUUGUGCUUCAGAAUAAAACGGAGUUAUGAAGCAAACAAAUGUGUCUGCAUGA